AUGUCGGUUUUCCAAGCAUAUGCAUUCGUCAUUAGAAAGUUAUAUCCUUCUUUGGAAGGAAAAAAGCUAUUAGCACAAGUUGUAAUUUAUAUAAUGAAAUUGAUACGAGGGCAGAACUUUAUAUUCUGUACAGGAUUUAAUAGUGAUGGAUCUGGCUUCUUUUCAUCGACAAAUACCGAAGAAAUCGCUAACAAAUAUUUGCUUGAAUCAAAUUUCUUAGAAAAUCCUCAGGCAAUGCUCCUAUUGGCGCUAUCUUUUUGCAUGGUUGCAGGACCUUCAAAAUUAUCAUCAGCAAUAAGCAAUGAACCAUUAAUUUCAUCUGAAGGUCAAGCUUCCCUUAGAUUUAUACUAUUAUUGAUUACAGGAUAUCCAUCCGAUAUACCUUCGAAUAUUUAUUCAAUCGAAAACGGCUUACUUAAAAUUCCUGUUGCUUCACAGCAGAUAAUCGGCUUAAUUGAGGCAGAUGAAACAUCUAUACAGUAUAAUAUCGGUCCUACGCUAUCAGUUCCUAAAGAAAAGAUUUGGAUUGUUAUUUAUAAAACUCAUUACUCCACUAUUAUGUGCUCUAUGGAUAAUUAUUUCGAAUACAAUAUUAGCGCAAUUGACGGAUUCAAAGUUAAAUCGCUUACUGAUGAUGAUAGCGUAAUCCGAAGGAUAAAGAACAAUUUAGCCAAAUCAUGA